UGUUAGGCUCCGUUUUGUGACGGUCUUCUCUGUUUCAGAGUGCCUUUCAGAGUGCCUUUGGUCGUUCCAUUUUGGCUUCGUUUGUUGGUUUCCAGUACAUUGACAGGAAUUCAGGUGCGUUUUACGUGUGACUUGCGGUUUGUCCAGACUGCACAUUUCAACGGUCGCCGCCAUUUGAAUUUUUACCUCGAGUUGAUCGUUUUCCUGCCGUUCUCCCAUCUCAUACUCCUUCAUUAUCUUCGUCUGUUGGUUUCCUGGCAUCAAUAUCCGUGAAUUUCGCGUUUUCCGUCGAAUUCUACUUGUUUUUCACCAGAUCUAUACUAUCUGCAUUGUGACGUCACAAUCACCCCACCAAGCCAUCGACGAUCGCGAGCGUUUGACUUUGGAUUCUUUCUUUGCGCUCAACGUUUGGUUUCUGUCGUCACGUUUGACAUUGGAUUCUUUCUUUGAGCUCAACGUUUGGUUUCUGUCGUCACCCAAGACUUGCUGCUGCUGUUGCAUUCAACAUUUUCUUUCGUUGGCCUCUGUGCACAGUUUGAGGUGAAUCAUGUCUGAGUCUGGUUCUGGCUGCGUAGAGAGUGAUACCGAAGAAGAUGAUCCCCCUGACUGUAGGCGUUCUACUCAAAGUCCUAAUUCAUGUUGUCCUUUAUGUUCUCUGGUGACAAGAGACACAGUUUCGCUGUUUCAACACAUAAAUGCAAACCACAUUUGCUACAGAAAUUUCCCGGAUGUUCAGUUCUUAGAAUUCCACAACCGUCGCUUAUGUUCAGAAUGUGGCUUUGCUUAUGGUAAUCGUUUCUCAUUUUGCCGACGUUCUCUAGGUCCUGGUCGUGGUAGAUGUCGUGGUUUGAUGACCCAUCCAAGUGCAUCAUCCUGGUUGAGUCAGUGUGAAUCCACAGCUGUUAACGGUGAUAUUGGAAUUCAGAAUUCACCUGAGGUAGCUCCAACAUCAGCUUCAAGGAUUACUUCUUCAUCAGUGCCUGUAUCCUCAUCUUCUAAUUUGGUGCUCGAGGGUAUUAAAGCAGCUUCUAUGAUGUCCUAUCCAGCUGUUGGUGACAUGGAAUUGUCUGUUUUCAAUUCACUGAUGAACGAAGUUGUCACCACACCAGUUCAGACAGUUACUCAUGUCCCAAAAUCAGUUAGACCACUUCUAAGUGUGGUUUUAGCUAAAGAAUUACGGUGUGCUUGUGAGGGUGGCCUGUGGGGCUUUGCUCGCCUCUUCAUGCUGGCCAAAGCUACCCUUCGCUGUCCUCCUCGUGGUGGGAGAAAGAAAAGGUACGUUGUAAAGGAAAUUUUGUCUUCUCGCCUUCAACGUUGGUUGGAUGGAGAUAUUCUAUCACUGUGGCUGGAUGUCAAGGCUGAGACUAACCCUUGCCAUGUUUCAUUGAAUUCCUCAAAUACCGCUACCACAAAUACUCGAAGAUCAUUGAGAUUGGCUUCAGAAGGUCGAUACAGUGAUGCACUUCAGGCUUUGGGUUCACGAGGUUGUGCCUCUCAUGACAGCAGUGAAGCUUUAGAAGAGUUGGCAAAUCGACAUCCAGUUCACGAUCUUCCUGCUUGGCUAGAGGAAGUCCCACCUUCACUAGUUGUGGACUCUCAGGAGGUUAUUUCUGCAUUGGAAGCAUUUCCCAAUGGCUCAAGUCCCGGUUAUUCUCAUCUUCGAAAGCGCAGUCCUGUUUAG